CAAAAUAUUGGUGUGUUUACCGGUCAGGGUUUUUCGGCUACGUGUACACAAAAAAAAUGCUGUUUUUGUUAAAUAUAUAAGUUUUUGGCACUAAAAGCAAAUUUGUUUAAAAACUAUACAUAUUAUAUAAUUGGCUAACUUCAUAUUAGGCAUAAAAAGUGUUAAUUUUAAGUUAAAAAUCAUAAUAUUUGCAUAAGCGGGUCUUACUGUCUCUUGUGUAGGUGUAAAAUGGGGUUUUUAGAGAAAAAGGGCCCUCAGGCCUCCCAACAAGACCUUAAAAAGCAAGAAACUUUGCUUACCAUUGCCAUUUUAGCUUUGGCUGGGGUAUUAGCUUUUGCCACCAGGUUGUUCUCUGUUUUGCGUUUUGAGUCUGUUAUACACGAAUUUGAUCCCUAUUUUAACUACAGAACAACGAAGUACUUGGCAGAAAAUGGUUUCUAUGCUUUUCAUAAUUGGUUUGAUGAUAGAGCAUGGUAUCCACUGGGAAGAAUCAUUGGUGGUACAAUAUAUCCAGGUCUUAUGGUUACUUCAGUAACACUUUUUAGACUGUGCCAGUUUUUGCACAUAGACAUUGAUAUAAGAAAUGUCUGUGUCUUUUUAGCUCCACUAUUCUCUUCAUUUACUACUGUGGUUACUUAUUUACUCACUAAAGAGAUCUUUGACAAAGGUGCAGGACUUACAGCAGCAGCAUUUGUAGCUAUUGUACCAGGUUAUAUUAGCAGAUCUGUUGCUGGUAGCUAUGACAAUGAGGGCAUAGCAAUAUUUUGCAUGUUGCUUACUUAUUACACCUGGAUAAAAGCAGUGAAAACUGGAACAGUUAAAUGGGGGGCAUUAACUGCGCUUGCUUACUUUUACAUGGUUUCAUCUUGGGGUGGCUACGUUUUUUUAAUUAAUUUGAUUCCGCUGCAUGUGUUAUCAUUGAUUUUCACAGGAAGGUUCUCUCAUAGGAUUUAUGUUGCUUAUAGUACUUUGUAUUGUGUAGGUACUAUAUUGUCUAUGCAAAUUUCUUUUGUUGGCUUCCAGCCUGUACAAAGUUCAGAGCAUAUGUUGGCCUUGGGCGUGUUUGGACUCUGCCAAAUACUUGAAUUCGUCGAAUACUUACGCAGCAAAAUGAGCCCUACCGACUUCAAAAUCCUAUUUUCUUUCGCGUUUAGCACCUUUGGAGCUAUAUUAGCUGUAGGCCUGAUAAUUUUAUCGCUUUCUGGCAAGGUCGCCCCUUGGACAGGAAGAUUUUAUGCACUACUCGACCCUUCAUAUGCAAAGAAUCACAUUCCAAUUAUCGCGUCAGUAUCUGAGCAUCAACCAACAGCAUGGUCAUCAUUUUUCUUUGAUCUUCACAUUUUAACCAUGUUAAUACCACCUGGACUAUAUUUAUGCUUUAAAGACCCCACAGACUCGAAAUAUUUCCUAGCGCUUUAUGGGGCGACGGCAGUUUAUUUCGCGGGGGUUAUGGUACGUCUAAUGCUGGUAUUGGCCCCUGCGGCUUGCGCUCUUAGUGGGGCAGGUUUGAGUCGACUUUUAAACCGAUUUUUGACUCCUUUGCCUACCACUCAACGUCAGAAAAAGGCUGUUGUUACCCAAAACGAAAAUAGAAGCUACGUGGCAACUAGUUUUGCUGUGUUAUCAUUUGCAAUGCUGUCAGCUUACACACUGCACAGCACAUGGGUCACUAGCGAGGCAUAUAGCUCUCCCUCUAUCGUUUUGAGUGCUAGAGCGCAUGAUGGUUCUAGGAUUAUAUUUGAUGAUUUUAGAGAGGCCUACGGUUGGUUAAAAUCCAACACACCUGAGGAUGCAAGAAUCAUGUCUUGGUGGGACUACGGAUAUCAAAUUACUGCCAUGGCCAACCGGACAGUGCUGGUGGACAACAACACGUGGAAUAACACCCAUAUCAGUAGGGUCGGUCAGGCGAUGGCGAGCAGCGAAGAAAAAGCGUUGGAAAUCAUGAGAGAACUGGACGUUGAUUAUGUGUUGGUUAUUUUUGGUGGACUUACUGGCUACUCAUCAGAUGACAUUAAUAAAUUUCUGUGGAUGGUCCGAAUUGGUGGUAGCACUGAGAAAGGUAAACAUAUUCACGAAUCCGACUAUUAUUCUCCUUCAGGGGAAUUCAGGGUAGACAAAGAGGGCGCACCAGCUCUUCUUAACUGUCUUAUGUACAAAAUGUGUUACUAUCGCUUCGGAAAGGUGCACACAGAGGGCGGUAAGCCACCAGGAUGGGAUAGAGUAAGAGGUGCUGAGAUUGGAAACAAAGAUUUCGAACUGGAUGUUUUGGAGGAAGCCUAUACCACUGAGCAUUGGUUGGUUAGGAUUUAUAAAGUUAAGGAUUUGCCCAACAGAGGGUCUUUGUAAGGAGGAAAGUGACUUUUUUACAUGUGAUUUUUUAUCACUAUGCUCAGUAUUUGUACUUCUCUAUUUGCUUUAAAAGAGGUUUAUUUAAAAAAAACCUUUAUUUCAAUCAAUCUCUAAUAUUUUAAUGCAUUUGUUUUUGAAUGGAUAUUUUUGUAUAUUUUUUAUUAUUUAGCCGGUUUUAUCGAUAAUAAAACAUUCCUUACGUCUGUCUAA